GUGCAGAGCUGUAGAUGUGCAGAUGUGAAGAUGAGCAGAGAUGUAGAUGUGCAAAUGUGGAAGAUGUGCAGAUGUGAAGAUGUAGAUGAGACGUAGAUGAAACGUAGUUCUACAGAUGUUUUUUUACGAAGAACCCUUUGCAGACGCCCUCGGGAACAAAAACGGAAUUCAAUGUUGGGGGAAGGCAUCGCCAUCGCCAUUGCGACGCUGUUGGGCAUAUAUCAGUUGGGAACAGACGGGGCUGUGAGGGCGGAGCAAGUGCAUAUGAAAUGAAAGGUUGUUUCGGCAGUGCAAAGUGUACUGUACUCUGUACCCCAUUCAUUUUGGCAGUCUACCCCUGACGAGAAGCUUCACGUUGUAAAAUUGUAAUUAUUGCCUUGUGAUGUCCGUGCAGCUUCUCCAAGGCUGUGAGGACUGUUUGUGGCAACGUCUUUCGGAAGUUGCCAGCUCCAAGGGAGUUUCCGCAGCCGCAGAACUUCUUUGCCUAAAUUGUGGAGGACCGGCCUUGCCAACGGAAGCACAAGGACAAGGGCAACCUCGAGGGGUUGCUCCUCCCUUUGAUGCCAAGAAAGAGGAUUGGCAAUGCUGCAGUUGUGGUUAUUCGAACUUUGCGCGGCGCCAGUUCUGCAGAAAUUGUGAAGCGCCACGGUAUACCGUGCCUGAAGCGCUCGAUGAGGUAUGUGGAGCGUGCAAGGAGUCAGCCAAGGAUGAGAAUCUGUUACAACGGUGGCAGCUGCUAACCUCUGCUGAGCGACGAACCGCGUCCAUGGAACGUUUCCUGAGUCUUCUUGAUACUGAGCCAGCCACGGAUGCUAACGCUAAGACUUUGGCAAGGUUCCAGCCACAGAACCCACGAGCCGCAGCUUCUAUGCGCUUGGGCGACACGCAGCAGGAGCGAAGUGCAGAGCUACACAAGGCAAGCUCAGCCUGCGAUACUCUGCGAAUUAUGGCACUUCUGGAAGCCGGAGUUGACAUUGACGCUUCGAAUGAGUAUGGACAAACAGCCAUAUUCCUGGCCGCAUACCAUGAUGCUGCUGAGGCUGUCAAAUUGCUUGCAUGGUCUGGUGCAGAUGUGGAUCGCCCAGCCAAUGGAGGAACGAGUCCAUGGAUGUGUGCUGCGGUCAACGGUUUCAAAGGCGUGCUGGAAGUUCUCAGUGAGGCAGGUGCAAAGACCAACAACUUGUCCGAGCAGAUAGACUUUGGAAUUAGCACACCCAAAUUGAACUGGCUGAUCCCUGCCGACUCGGAACUUGCUGGAGCUGGAAGUUGCCUGGUUGACUUUGGAUUUCCGGAAGGCUUCCUGAAGCAAUUGGAAAGGCUGUUUGAAUCUCUGCCCGUGGCACCGAGCACAAAGUCUUCCUCAUCUGACCGUAGUUAUUACUGCGAUUCAGAGGGUUGGGUGCGACGCGCAUUUCAGGAUGCCUUGGGAGAGAUUGCGGAAUUGGGCGAAGCCCCUGGUAAGGUCACAAUGCCACACAUGCGUUUUUUGCACUACUCUGAAGUUGGUGGAGGAUUGCCGCCACAUGUAGAUUUGGCUCGCACGGAUGAGUUGGGAAGACGGUCUACCCACACCUUCAUCCUCUACUUGUGGGACAGCACUGUCCAGAUGGGAGAGAUGGGAGAAAUGAAUGAUGGUGGAUAUGGUCGAUGCAGCUCUGGCGGUGAAACAGUACUCUUGAGCCGAAUGGAGGACAGCUCCGCAGCAUGUGUGGUCGCUGUCGAACCUCGCAGGGGAAGACUAUUGCUCUUCCCGCACAUGUGCCCACAUUUGGCACGCCCGAUCACCGUCCCAAAGCUCUUGCUUCGUGGCGAAAUGCGCUUGGAUUUGACGAGUGUGAGCUGCAAAUGCGAGGAGCAAAAAGACAAGACUUUCUGCCAAACACUUGGAGCCAUUUGUUCAAUUCAUUUCACCCACGAGG